AUGUUUGUCUUCCUCUCCUGUAUCACGGCACUCGUCCACAUACUCCCCAAGAAUACGCAUGUGGAGACGUAUAUGCACAGUCUGCUGGCCAACCAGAUCACGCAGGGAUUCUUUUCGCCAUCACAGGGCAACAACUGCAAGUACACGGUUACCAUCGAAUCGGUCUCUGAUGAUCGCGUGCUUUUCUACUCACCCAAUCUCACGCCGAACGAAAGAACGCACUUCAGCUUUGUGAACGACGAGCCUAAAAACCUCAGGAUUCACAUUGAGCUGCUUCCUAUCGAUCCAAACAUACCGUACGAACCCGGAAAAAUGCAACUAUCGUUUUACUCGAAGUUUAACACGUUCGAUAAGGAUGUGGCCAAGUCACACGCGGUCGAGCCGGCAAUUAAGCAGCUCAUUGAAUUUGAGAAGCUGCUGCACCAGGUUAUUAUGAGGACACAGGCGAAGAAGGAGAAGAUGUUUGCCAUCAUGAGAUCGCAGAAGACACUGUUUGCGUCCGUUACGUUCCUUUCCUUCCUCACGUUUGUUGUGUUUGUCGGUGUCAAUUUGUAUCAAAUGAAGAAAAUCGAGAAGUUCUUUAGAAUGAAGAAGCUACUGUGAUUAAAAAGCGUUUUAUAGGA